GCGCCUCGGUCUUAACCAUACAAACCGCCGUUAAACUCCAUAGAAGGAGGUCUCAAUCAUACAGAAAAGCAACAGCUAUAGACCAGCACCCCUAUCAUACAUUUAUUUUGACAGUGUGCACAUCCUGCACAGACUUAUUCUGCAAUAACUGACCGUAUCUGUUGGUGUUUGGUUUUGGUCCUAAAUCAGCAGCUAUGGAUUUGGUGUGGCUGGUGUGUUUGGCUGUGAGCUUCGGAACCGGGUUCGCUUCUGCAGAGAGACACAGCGUCUUCUGGAAUAGCACAAACCCAAAUUUCCUAUGGGAUGAGUACACAGUGGAGGUGAAAAUCAACGACUACCUGGACAUCAUCUGUCCUCACUACACGCGCGGGGAGCUGCCGUCCCAGGAGGCUGAGCGGUACGUGCUGUACAUGGUGGAGAAGGAGGACUAUGAUGUGUGUAAGCCCCACUCCUUCGACCAGCUGCGUUGGGAAUGUUCCCGACCCUUCGCUGCCCACGCCCCCGAGAGGUUCUCCGAGAAGUUCCAGCGCUUCACCCCCUUCACCCUGGGCAAGGAGUUCAGACAUGGAGAGAGCUACUACUAUAUCUCCAAGCCGCUGCAUCAUCACGGCCAGGAGUGUCUGAGGCUGAAGGUGGAUGUGGUUGGACCUCAUGGUUCUGGGAAGGCCAAGGCUGACAAAGUCAAGGAUGGAGUGAUGGAGAAAGCGAUGGAUGGAGGAAAGGGAAAGAUAGGAGCAGGAGGAGUGCACAACCCCUCCAACAGGCUUCCAGCCGAUGACCCUACUGUGUUGGAGCCUAAGGUCCAGAAGAGUGUGGGUAGUUCAGGUGUUCAGCUGUUCUCCCUGUCGGUCUUCUUCACCCUGUUCCCUGUCCUACUAUCCCUGUUACUAUAUUGAGACUGAGUUACAGAACUAGCUACAACAGAGACACUGUCAACCCAAUGCUGGACAUUGGCACAGAGAAGAUUUUUAUAGAUAUUUUUAUAUUUGCAACUGGACUGAGCUGUUGCUGUGUGUGUUUGUGUGUGUGUGAUUGUAACGUGGAUCGUUCCAGAGACGAUGAUCUUCAAGAGUAUUUUCUGAAGGAUAUUUUUCUACAUGUUUUUGUAAAUGAAAGAGGAUGGAUGCCUUUUCACUCCAUUUGAUCUGUAUGGAGACCUGGAAACCCCACUGACUCUGGAACAGAUCUAACUGGAAAUGUGAUGUACUAAUCAUUAUUAGAAAACUGACAAAGGGAUAACUGUUUUCAUGAUUACCCUGAAUUGAUUUGUAACAGUGAUUAUACACGGAGUGUAAAACACAUGAUCAAUACCUUCCUAAUAUUGAGCUGCACCCCCUUUUGCCCUCAGAACAGCCUCAAUUCGUCAGGGCAUGGACUCUACAAGGUGUCGAAAGCGUUCCACAGGGAUGCUGGCCCAUGUUGACUCCAAUGCUUCCCACAGUUGUGUCAAGUUGGCUGGAUGUCCUUUGGGUGGUGAAAGAUUCUUGAUAUACACACAGGAAACUGUUGAGCGUGAAAAACCCAGCAGUGUUACUGUUCUUGACACACUCAAACCGGUGUGCCUUUUACCUACUACCAUACCCCGUUCAAAGCCACUUCAAUCUUUUGUCUUGCCCAUUCACACUCUGACUGGCACACAUACAAAAUCCAUGUCUCAAUUAUCUCAAGGCUUAAAAUCCUUAUUUAACCUGUCUCCUCCCCUUCAUCUACACUGACUGAAGUGGAAUUAACAGGUGACAUCAUAGCUUUCACCUGGUCAGUCUGACAUGGAAAGAGCACGUGCUCCUAAUGUUUUGUACACUCAGUGUAUAAUGCGGGUACAUAUUCUUUGUUCAAUCUGAAAUAGUUUGAGCCAAAGCCUACAGUAGUCCUCUGAAACGGCCUCAUGUUUCCUCUACAUGUAGAAACUAUUGAUGUGUAUAUAUGUAUGUGUAUUAACUGACCUUCCUCUAAGCACGGUUUAUGUCUUGUUUAGUGUAGUAGAUACUCAGGUCAAUGGGGACGUUUCUUCUUGACAUGUCACUAAAAUCAAACUAAAGUGUAUUUGUCACGUCCACAGGAUACAGCAGGUGUGAACAGUACAGUAAAAUGCUUACUUGAAAGCUCUUCCUCAACAAUUAUAAUUCACUGUACAAAACCCAAUGAUGUGACAGAUGCAUACUCUAAAGCACAGAUUAGCACACACUAGAAAAAAACACACAUUCUAUGUUGUAGAUAUACACAGAUACCUACAUAACCAGAUCCUCUGUCAUUGAGAUGGUACAACAGCUUCUAGUGAACAAAUUGGGAUUGUUUUAGUCAUUGCUGGUUUGCUUUUGUACGUCUUUAUGGUUUAGUGUUGAACAGAUGAGUGUAUAGGAACGAGAUGGAGGGAAUAGGAGUUGAGGGAAGGAGGAGAGCAAAGCGGUAAUGACAGGAUUCUGAGAGGGUGUUGUGAUGGCUGGGAGCUGUGCUUCCUUUACUGAUGGGCAUUCAUUGCAUACUGAUAUACUGUAAACAACAUAACCGGUACACUGGAUAUUAUGGAGUGUGUAUAGCACUGUAGGUUGGUGGCACCCUAAUUGGGGAGAACUGACUCGUGGUAAUGAGUGGAAUCGGUGGAAUGGUAUCUCAUACAUAAACACGUGGUUUCCAGGUGUUUGAUGCCAUUCCAUUCGCUCCGUUCUGGACAUUAUUAUGAGCCGUCGUCCCCUCAGCAGCAUCCUGUGGUUUACAGGUGUUUGAUGCCAUUCCAUUCGCUCCGUUCUGGACAUUAUUAUGAGCCGUCGUCCCCUCAGCAGCAUCCUGUGGUUUACAGGUGUAAUGCAAAGGAAAUCCCUACAUACAGACACUAUUAUAACUUGUUUUUGUAAAUGUUUGUAUGGAAAAUUUGUACAUAGAAAAAUAUGUAAAUAACAGCAUUUGUUUAAAAUGUGAACUUUAAUGUAAUUAAAAAACAGUGAUAUAAUAAA